AUGCUGGGUAUAACCGUCUCCCCCUUUGCUCAUAAAAAGUUGACCCCGGACGGCAUGACUUGGUUAGAGCAGGGUUCAUACCAGGCAGCACCAGAAUCUGAGACGCCCUCCACGCACCCAGAUAUGUCAAUGUAUCCAUCGAUUAGCUCGGUUCCGUCUCCAGGACUGUACAGUGACCAUGGCACAAUCUCGGGGCAAAGGCGUGCACCUACGCCGGUCAAGUCCCCGCCGCCUAUCUUACCGUAUUACACAGAACAUACUCCCUUGAUGCAUGGGCAAGCGCCACCGUCGGAUCGGACAGAGCGCCCACCCCCACCGCCGCGCCCACCCUCAUCCCCGCCUCCCCCAGACGAAAAACGGUCUUCAACCCCGAAGAAGCUCUUUUUCGUGACCCUGUCCAUUGCCGUUCUAUUCCUUGCUGCGAUGGCGGCCGGAUACACUGUCGGUCUGAAUAGCUACUGCAACCCGAGCGUCCGCGAGGCAUAUGAUCAUGCCUGGCAAAUGGAGACGCGGCGCCGCGACGACCUACGCCAUCAAUGGCAGUUCGAAUUAGACACGAUGCGCGACGAGAGGGACGAAUGGGAGAAGGAGCGCCAGCGUCGGGCGGAGGAGAAGGAAAGGAAGGAGGCCAUCCAACGCUCCAAUGUCAAGUUCGAAACACCGAUCCCCCGCGAUGCGUGCUCGAGUUACGGGACGAGGGAGUAUUCCGCGCGAUUGCUGAACGUGCCUGAGAAAUUCAACGCGAUGGAGCUGUGCGCUGAAACGGAGGUUAGCAUCCAUGGGGUUAUGAAGCAGCCCAGCUACUGCAAGGAUAAUGGGAAAUGGGGAGGCGUGUACGGCCACUGGGUUGUGGACUUCCAGGAAGCGGCGUGCGCUCCGUACUUUUCCAAAUUCGAGAACAAGGGCUGUUCGACUGCGGGUUCCGGACUUCGAACGUACCACUCGCGCCUGGAGAAUCUCAGACCGUCCGACGACUGGAAAGAUAUGUGCUCCACGACUCCCGCAGACUUCUUGGGGAACCACUUCGACAGUCCUACUCACUGCGUUGACUGGUCCCCGCACGGCAUUUGGGGUAUCUGGGACGUAUCUGACGCCAACUGGUAUACGACAGGACUGAAUAGUUACUGCAAUCCCGCCGUCCGGGCGGCCUUCAUGCGUCAGCGGGAGAUGGAGAUACGGCAUCAGGAGGAACAGCGAAGGCAGUGGGAAUUCGAGAAAGCCGAGUGGCAGGAGAGGAGAGACGAGUGGGGGAAAGAGAGAGACGAGUGGGGGAAAGAGAGAGACGAGUGGGCGCAAGAGCGGCGUCGACGAAUGGAGGAGAAGAAGAGGAAAGAGGCAAUUCGGCGGGCUCAUGUUAAAUUUGAAAUACCAUCCCCGCACAAGUCUUGUUUGAGCUAUGGGACAAGGGAGUACUCCGCACAGCUGCUGAACGUUCCUGAUGAUCUCAACGCUCUGGAACUUUGCAAUGAUGCGGAAGGCAGUAUUCACGGCGUUAUGAAACGGCCUGAUUAUUGCGAGGACAAAGGCAAAUGGGCAGGCGUUUUUGGCCACUGGAGAGUAGACUUUCAAGAAGCUGCUUGCAAGCCCAGCUUUUCUACUUUCGACGACAAAGGAUGCUUGAAUGACGGCUCUGGAAUUCGGAUUUACCACUCGCAUCUAGAGAACCUGAGAGACUCGGAUGAUUGGGAGAUCAUGUGCUCGACGACACCCGCAGACUUCUUGCAGCACCACUUUGAUGGCCCUACUCACUGUGCUAACCGGGGUAGUCACGGUAUCUGGGGUAUCUGGGAGGUACGGGACACCAGUUGUUAG